ACUCACCCUUUCCGUGGUGUGUUUGUGUGUAAAACUGAUUUAGCUGUCUGAAGGUUUCUUUUUUACUUUUUCGAUUAACGUUAUAUAGCUCAAAGUUUAUUUCAUACACCCUCUUCUGUGUACGUGAGCAAAGUAAAAUGGCAGAGACUAAUAUUUCAGUGGCUCAGGAUCAGUUCAGCUGUCCAGUCUGUCUGGAUUUACUCAAGGAUCCAGUGACUAUUCUCUGUGGACACAGUUUCUGUAUGGUGUGUAUAAAUGACUGCUGGGAUCAGGAGGAUCAGCAGGGAGUCUAUUGCUGUCCUCAGUGUAAAGAAACCUUCACUUCAAGACCUGCUAUCAGUAAAAAUGCCAUUCUGGGUGAAGUUAUGGAGAAACUAAAGAGAGAACUCCAAGCUACACUUCCUGUUCAGUGUUCAGCUGUAAAUGAAGAUGUGGAGUGUGAUUCCUGUACUGGUGAAAAAUCCAAAGCCAUCAAGUCCUGCCUGGUGUGUCUGGCCUCUUUCUGUGAAGCUCAUCUCCAGCCUCACUAUAAAUCUCCUGCCUUUAAGAAGCACAAGCUGGUGGAAGCCUCCAGCCGACUCCAGGAGCAGAUCUGCUCUCAGCAUGACAAACUGCUGGAGGUUUACUGUCGCACUGACCAGAGGUGUAUCUGCAUGUUGUGUACCAUGGAUGAACAUAAAGGACAUGAUACAGUAUCAGCUACAGCAGGACGAGCUGAGAAACUGGAGCAGCUGUUGAAGAUACAGAGAAAAUGCCAACAGAGAAUCUUGGAUAGAGAGAAGAAGCAUCAGGAGCUAACAGAAGCUGUGGAGUUUUAUGGGCACUCUGCACAAAGAGCUGUACAGGAAACAGAAAGGAUAUUCGCUGAGCUGAUUAAAUCAAUUGAAGGAAGAUGUCGUAAGGUGACAGCACAGAUCAGGGCUCAGGAGAAAACUGCAGUGAGUCGAGCUGAAGAAGUCAUGACACAACUGGAGCAGGAGAUUGCAGAGCUGAAGAGGAGAAAUGAUGAGCUGGAGCAGCUUUUAUACACAGAUACCAUCCAUUUCUUCCAGAGUUUUCCGUCUCUCUUGGACACUCCUGAAUCUGCAGACCUACACCCCAUCGGGCUUAAUCCUCUCCUCUCUCUUGAGGAUGUAACAGCAUUUGUGUCUGAACUGGCGGACAAUGUGGAGAUAUUCUGCAAUGAGUUCAAAAUAAUAUCCAAUGCAGUAAAAGAAUUCCAGAUUAUUCCACUUCCUGAACCCAAAACCAGAGAAGAGUUUCUACAGUAUUCCUGUGAGUUCACACUGGAUCCCAACACAGUAAAUAAACACCUCUGUCUGUCUGAGUGGAACACGGUGGUCACCUGCAGUGACACAGCACAACCAUAUUCUGUUCAUCCAGACAGAUUUGAUUAUUAUCUCCAGGUGUUGUGUAGAGAGCGUGUAUGUGGCCGCUGUUACUGGGAGGUGGAGUGGACUGGACGCCAUGGUGUUUCCAUAGCGGUGUCAUAUAAAACCAUCAGCAGGAAAGGAAAUGGUACAGAAUGUUUGUUUGGGCGAAAUGCUCAGUCCUGGAGAUUGUUUUGCUAUCCUUCCUGCUAUUCCUUCAGACAUAUUAAAAAGGAAAUUAAAAUCCCAGUCAUUCCCAGUUCCUCUAGAAUAGGAGUGUAUGUGGAUCACAGGGCAGGAACUCUGUCCUUCUACAGUGUCUCAGACACCAUGAAGCUACUCCACAGCAUUCACACCACGUUCACUCAGCCUCUAUACCCCGGGUUUGUCGUUUGCACAGGAUCAACAAUCAAACUGCAAUUAUAAAGUUAAUUUAUGAUCUAAAAUGUAUGAGUAUAAUGGAUGAGAUUCUUAGGUUUUGAUUCUAAGUGUUGCUUACAGACAUACUGGGGAUUUUUAAUCACUUCUCAAUUUUCCAUCUGUUAACAAACAUUUCUUUGCUGGAUGUAUAUUGUGUACAGGAAUGUGUUUACCAGGCCUUAAGAGGCAGUUUUAUCUGUGCACUAACCUUUUUGGGAAGUCUUUGGAGGUCUAUGGUUCUAUGAAGGGUUCUACAGUUCAGUUGUACAUUUAUUUCUGAUUCAACACUUGACUUUGACUUCACUAUGAUAACAUUUUUAUGUUUACGACAUUUGGCAUCCUGAGUGACUUACUAUUUUUUCAUUUAUACAACAGAGCAGAGUUGGGUUAAGGGUCUUGCUCAGGGGCCCAGCAGGGGCAGCUUGGUGGUCCUGGGAUUUGAAUUCCACCUUCUGAUCAGUUGUCCAAAGCCUUAACCACUGAGCUAUCACCACUGUCAUUUACCAUUGAUUUCUCUUUUGCUACACCACUUCAAUUGUAUAAUUAAACCAUGAAAACACUUAGAAUCUGUAUUGUCACGAUACAGCUGCCGAGACAUGCAUUAAUAAUACUUUACCAAACAAUCCAAAUUGAGUAGAAUAUGCUGUAAAUCUAAAUUAAUGGUCUUUAGAUAUGUUUUCCAGCACCAUGACUAUGUAUAUUUUGCUAAAAUUAAGAGAAAGUAAAGAACUGUAGUUUUGCUGAGCAGAGUUUUCCUGUUUGAUGACUUAAUUUGGUCUCACAACACCAUUUUAUCAUUGAAAGGGUCCUUACCAGCUGUAUCCCUGCAAACAUUGCGUCAUGAAAACCACAUAGUGACUGACCCCCUUCCACCCCUACUAUAAACUUUUCCUCCCUCUGCCAUACUGCAGAAGUUACCAAAAUGUUCAGAGUAAGUCCACCAGAUGAUGGAACAAGCUUGUAGGACAUUCAUUAAUAAUGUUCUCAUACCUACAUCUCUUGAGAUUAAUGGGUACAACCCCAUCACACACUAGCCACUUUAAUCACAAAGCAAUUGUUUACAUUACUAUACCACAUAGGUACAUACUCAGGAAUGCCAUCAUGCACUGACCACCUAGAAAACAAUAGUCACAAGGUGUAACAAGGUUAAAAAGAACAUUUAACUUAAAAAUUUUGAUAUGUGAAUUCAAUAAAAGAAGAAGGUCCUGGCUUCGAAUCCUGGGUUUGAACAGGCAGGGGCCUUUCUGUGUGGAGUUUGCAUGUUCUCCCCGUGCCUGUGUAGGUUUACUCAGGGUAGUCCAGUUUCCUCCCACAGCCAAAAAACAUGUACAUUAGGCUGAUUGGUGAUUCUAAAUUGCCCAUAGGAGUGAUUGUGAGUGUGUGUGGUUGUCUGUCUAUAUAUCUGGCCCUGUGAUGGACUGGUGACCUGUCCAUGGUGUACCCCUGCCUUUUGCCAAAUGUAUGCUGGGAUUAGGAAUUAAGCGGGUAUAGACAAUGGAUGGAUGGAUGGUGUUCAAUGGCCCCUUCCUGUGGCUAAUUAUGGUACUACAGACACUGUAUUUGUCCCUUUUCUCUUAAUGUUCUGCAGCAGAUUUGUGUGGCACUGCUGUGGGUAUGUUAUUUUCUCUUCAGCUCAUUACUGAAUCUUUUAUAAAUGUCUGCAGUAACACUAAUAAUCUUCAGCCAACCUGGUUUGUACAAAAUGAUUUGUGUGUCACUGCUGAGAAUAAAUCAGAGAAUGUGUAAUUGUGUCUAUCCACAUACAUUAUGCUGGUUCUGUGAUGCCUGUUACAAUAAUAUUACAGCCUGGGCUGGAUCUAUAAGAGAGUGGUUGAAGCAAACUACUGCUGAACCAGAUUGCAAACAUCACAUUGUUUCUAGGAAUCCUCUCAGGAUCAGGAAUGUGGAUUAAAAAAGAAUACAUUUCACUGAUUAAAGGACUAAAUAUAAUCAUUUGAGUUUAUAUUUCUAUUUUAUGGCAUGGUUUAUGGUUUACUUUGAUUUUUAUCAUUAUUUCAUGGUAAACAGUGUGGUGAAUUCAAGAAAAAUUUGCCUUUACAGAAUAUGGUCUUAGAUAUUCAGCCCUAUGCAAUAAAAACACACAUGUCAAAGCCAUGAGGGCCAGCCCGAAAGUCAACUUUUGGACAAUGUGUCCAUUUCACACCUUCCACUCAAAGACACAGAUCUUGUGCUUUUAGGUCUAUUAGAACCCUGCAGUGACUUGGACAGAUUGUUACCUCAUUCUUUUCUAUGUGAACUGGUUUUUGAACAUUAUGGCUUCCUAGAUUGUAAAUGUUCAGCACUGUGAAACUGAGUCACAUAGUUGAAGGUUUAUAAGUUUCUUGCACAUGGCUGGAUUGUGUUAUUUUUUAUUGAAAUUAUUAUUAUUUUUAUAUCAGCAAGAUUAUACGUUGUUAACUGAUAUUCCUGUGUUUUGAAUUAAUGUAUGAUAAUAUCAA